CUCUAGCGGCCAAUCGUCGAACUCCACUAGAAAAUUACAGCUGACUUGAAAGAGAAAAGUAAAGUUGAUCAACUUUUUGUUUUCAUAGGCCGAUUUUCAUAAAAUUUCUCUCAAAAUGGCCUCAGGGGCGACGAAAAAGCUGACCACAAAGUUAACGGGUCUGGCGGUGGCGAAACAUCCGCACCACACACUGUCCGUUCUUUAUAAUAAGAUUCAAAGGGCUUUGCAGCAGAUGCCCGAGCAGGCAGCCUACAGAAAGCACACCUCAGAAGUUAUUGAUGCCAGAUUCAAAUUGGUUAAUGAGAUCAAAGACGUUGACCAACUGGAGCAGAAAAUUGGCUGCGGACAAAUCGAGGAGGUGAUUGUCCAGGCGGAGAACGAAUUGGUGCUUGCCCGCAAGAUGCUCGGCUGGAAACCAUGGGAGCCUCUUCUGCGUGCGGCACCCGAGGGUCAGUGGCAGUGGCCCCCGACCAAGCCCUAGGUAGAUAGUAAAGAUGUAUUAAAUUGAGGAUGAAAAUAUGGAAGCUGUUGUAGGUCUGUUAUAAAAUGAAACCAUUCAUAAUAUGGAAAAAUUA